AUGUUGUACGGGAUGAACGUGAGCGGAAUCUACGCCAGCUAUGUGGAUAGCAAGCUUAUUGGCAUCCAGGCAGAGGAGGCGAAUUUGUAUGUGGUCCGUGCGCUGCGGCAUGUCAUCCAGGAUGUGUUCGCUCAGCUCAGCGCAACGCUGGUGAUAACCGUGGCCACCGGCAGCUGGACAAUUGGCAAAUGGUUUGAGCAUGUUCUGGGCGAUCUGGUCAGCACGUGGAGCGCUGUCUCAGUGCAGAUGCUGCACAUCAACCAUUCGCCCCAUGUGCCCGGACGCAAAUACUGCAAUCUGUUGCUGGUCGAUUCCUACGAGGGCCUGCGCUCCACGAAGAUUGCCGAGGACAAUGCGGGCUACGACGAUCACGAGUAUUAUUUCAUAUUUUUGCAGGCGCGCGAUGCGCUCAUUCAGCGCGAACUGCAGCUGAUACUGGACCACUGCCUGCAGCACUACUGGCUGCACUGCAACGUGAUGGUGCAGACGGCCCAGGUGGAGGUGCUCAUCUAUACCUAUUAUCCGUAUACGGCGCAACGCUGCCAGGCGGCGCAGCCGCAGCUGGUGAAUCGGUUCGAUGGCCAGCGCAUGCUGCACGCGCCCAUGUUUCCGCACAAGCUGCAGCAGCUGCAUCAAUGCCCGCUCAGUGUGGUCGUAUGGCACUCGCCGCCCUUUGUGGAGCUCAACUGGGAUGCGCGGGCAGCGAAAAUGCGCGCCGCCGGCUUUGAGAUUAGGCUUAUUGAGCACCUCGCGCAGCGUCUCAAUUUCAGCCUCCUGCUGCACAAUGUCACGCUCGAGACGGUCGCCAGCUACCAGCAGAACUGGGGUAAUGGCCGACCCAUGGGACCCCUAGAGCUGCUGAUGAAGCAGCACGCCAACCUGAGCGUGGGCAAUUUCCGCAAAACAGCUGGACGCAAUCGCAUCCUGACCUCGCCCGUGGCCCAUUACUAUGCGCCCCUGGUGGCCACUGUGGCUGUCGAGCACUUUCGCUUUGGCCGCCUUACGCUGCUCCAUUUCCCUUUCCAGUGGUGCGUUUGGCGCACGCUGCUCGCCGCGCUGAUCAUCCAUUGGCUCAUCUAUAUGUGGCGCUGGCGGCACAUGGGCCUGCAGGUGCUGGAGCUGCUGCUGGGCGUGACGCUGGUGCGUUUGCCGCGCUGCUGGCUGCAGCGUAUCGUCUAUGCGCAUUGGCUCUACGGGAGCAUUCCACUGCGCGUGGUCUAUCAGUCGCUGCUGUUCCAUUUCAUAAGGCUGCAGCUGUUCGGAACGCUGCCGCAAUCCUUUGAGCAGCUGCUGGAGCGGAAUUUUCGAGGUCUGUGCACAACCAACAUACUGAGCAUGCUACGCGAGAUGCCCCAGGUGGCGCGCAACUAUGACAGCUUUGUGGGCAUCUCAUCGCCGUUCGAUGAGGCUGUGCUGGAUGCACUGCAUCGGUCCGGCAACAGCCGCUACUUUGCCAUCACCGGGAUUGACUCGGCCCAUGCCCAUCUGAGCGCGACAAACCGUCGGAGCAGCUACCAUAUCCUUACGCAAUACGUCAAUCUGCAGCAGGUGGUCAUCUAUAUGCCCAAGCACUCGUAUUUCCUAGAGCAGUUCAACGAUCUGUUGCGCCGUCUCGAUGCCAGCGGCUUUAUUGACUUUUGGCGACGUGCCGCCUUCACCGAGUACAGCCACAGGAACACGCAGCUGUUGCAGCCGGAGGCACAGCAGGAGCACGAAAACGAACAGCUCAGCCAGCUGGACGGCAUCUACACGCUGAUGGGCGUUCUCUAUGCUCUGGCCAUAUUGAUUUUUUGCGCCGAGCUCCUCUGCCAUCGACUGACCAAGCCAGCAACGGUGCAGCAGCUGGUCAAGGAUUGAUUUGAGUUUGUCUUAAAUUCUAUAGAAAUCAAUAAAUAAUGCACGACGGGUGAAUCACCCUUAGCAGCAGCCCAAA